AUGGAUCAACACCAGCACCAGCACCAGCAGCACAUAACCGAUGAUCACAACCAAAAUCUCGGACAUGCAAGUCCUUAUGCAUUCUAUCCAGCCGAGCAAGAAUCAUCUUACAGCCUCGCGUACAACCACCACGCGAUGCAGCACCAGCAGUCUUUUCCUGUCGUGCAGCAUCCUAACCCUCAUCAUCCUCGCCAUCUAUCUGCGCCAGACUUGCAUCAAGGCCUGCAGUUCCAUAAUCUUAGCCUCAUGCCCACGCAUCAAACGCAUCAAUAUCCGCCACCCGUGUAUACCUCAUCGCCACAACAUGUGUCAAUGAAUCUGCCUGCUGGCUCACCCCCUCCGCCCUCACCUCACAUGUACGAUCCUUUGUCCCCACCCAUUUCAGGAUCUGACACAUCAGCGGACGGCCUUUACCACCACCAUUCGAGAAACAGCAGCGGGACAGGCUCCCCAUCGUCAUCCCGUGGACCUAGUUUAGUUCAUCGCCAAUCUCUUCGCUACAACCCCACCCCUUCCCCUACCACUAGUUCUUCUGGGCGUCGUGGCCGUGCUCGUUCCUUAAACGACUCAGACGACGAAGACAACAUGGGCGCUACAUACGUAGAGAACUUGGCUCACACCAGAAAGGAGGCAACACGCAGACAGCGCAUCGAGGCUGAGCAAAGGCGUAGAGACGAAUUACGCGAUGGCUAUGCCAAAUUGAAGGACGUCUUACCUGUUUCUAACCAGAAGAGUAGCAAGGUGUCGCUACUCGAGCGAGCUACCAAUCAUAUCAUCUUUCUGGACAAACAGACACAAGAUAUGCAGGCUCGUCUUAUUGUGCUGGAGCAGGAGGUGCAACGCCUUCGUGCCGUCAACGAGAAAAUCUCGCUUGGCACUAGCAGCUCCCCUUCGCCAGGAAAUAUCCAUGGCGUUGAUGCUCGACCGUUGUCGCCUCCCCCCGAGCCUGGAAUGCAAAAUCAUUCUCUCGCUCAUGUUCAAGGCCAACAGCCCCCGCGAGAGGAUUCGCGCAGUCCUGCCUCGGAUUACUGA